UUGACUUUAUUUGACACUGACAGUGAUGUCGAUUUGUUUUGGUUUAGAGGUUAUAAUUGAUAGAAUAGACUUAUUGUUUUAAGUUGUUUGUUUCAAGUUGGGAUAAAUGAAAACGUAUAAAUAAAACCACGCAUUUCUGUAAUGUGUUUAUGUAAAGACGAAGUUACUUUAAGUGAUAUAAACGCUUACAUGAUAGCUUCUGCGAAGAUAACGCUUAUCAGCGCUGGGUGAUCAAGCUACAAUGAAUGCGAGUGAAUAUAAGACGUACCAUGAAUCCUUCAUGCAGAAUAACCACGGCUCUACACCGCUGCACACAUUUGCUUGUAUAUUAUUCACUGUACAAUGUUCUAUCUACAUAGCGAUCAAAUCGCAGUUCCCACUUGGCCGGCAGUAUAUUUACGAGUAUGUUGUCAUCGUAUUACCCAUGAUAAUCGCACACACCGUACUACCAGAAUACAUUAACACUUUGAAUUGCAUCAUCUUCGUUGUAUUGCUAAGCAAUCUUAUAUAUCGAUGUUCAAAUAUAGCCAAAAAAUUUGCACCAAAAAAUGUCUUUCUAAAUAACAGGGUACCAUUAAUAUCGUGUCUAAGAGGACUGACGUAUCUUAUUACAGCUUUAUGCAUCUUAGCUGUAGACUUUCAAGAUUUCCCUAGACCUCUAGCUAAAACUGAAAGAUUUGGACACAGUUUAAUGGAUACUGGUGUUGGGCUGUUUGUUGUAGUCAGUGGAGCGGUCCAUAAAGAUAUACAUAAAGAAAGUUUUAGCAAAAUUGUAAAAGGGAAUAUGAAAACCAUAGCUGUGUUAGUAAUUCUUGGUAUAGGGAGGUUUGUGUCUGUAAAACAAUUAGAUUAUCAGGAACAUGUAACAGAGUAUGGCGUCCAUUGGAACUUUUUCUUCACGAUUGCAGUUUGUAAAGUCUUAUCAACUAUUAUACUUUAUUUUUCCAACCAUUCAUUACUUUUAUGUUCUGUAUUGUUAGUUGUACAUGAAUUUGCAUUAUAUCUUGGUCUUCAAGGCUGGGUGUUUGGAGAUAGCCCAAGAAACUCUCUUAUUUCUGCAAACCGUGAAGGGAUAUCAUCUUGUUUAGGUUAUGUAUCUAUCUACAUAUUUGGUGUACUAGUAAAAAACAUCUUACUUGAUAGGAAUAGCACAAAACAUGAAACACAAUUAAAGCUUAUUUAUGGGUCUAUAAUAAUGUGGGUUUUAACAUAUUCAGUGGAUCUUGUUCGGCCAUCGUCACGAACCUUAGCAAAUGCAGGAUACUGUAUAUUCAUAGACACUCUUUUGAUUACAAUGUCAUGUAUACUGUACUUUGUAACAGUAUUAGUUGAGGAAAAGGGAAGUAAUUUCCGUGUCCCGGUAAUACUGUCCCAUAUAAAUACAAAUGGAUUAUCCUAUUUCCUCAUAGCUAACUUAUUGACAGGAGCCGUUAAUCUGUCUAUGAGAACUUUACUAGUACCCAGUCUAGCCACUUUUGUGGUGUUAAAUAUUUAUAUGAUAGUCACAUUAAUUAUAUCAAUUUAUUUGAAGAAAUUAGGUUUAAAAAUCUAAGUAACUAUAUAAAAUCCCAACUAGGCUUCUAUAUAUGUAAACUGGACAAAAUACUGGCUUGGAAGUAAUGUUGUGAAAUAAAUGCAAGUUUUAACAGAAAACCUUUAAUAAAUCAUCAUAAUAUUACUGCAAUUCAUUAUGCAUAUAUUAAUUAAUACAAUUUUAGAACAACAUUUAACAAGUUCUAGAAAAAAUAAAUAAAGUCAUUUUAAUACAAAUGCAUAUAGAGGGACAGUUGACAGAGCCUAUUUGAAGCAAAUUGUUUAUAAAACUUAGUAAUCCUAUAAGGAUAUACAAAAAUUAUGAAUUUACCUAUAGGUAUAUUAUAAUUUUAUAUAACAAAUAUUAGAAGUUGGUGUUAUUAUAUUUAUUUAAAUAUGGAUGAAGCAAGACUGUUAAGUAACACUUAUUUACUUUAAUGUAUAAGUUUUUAUAUAUUGAAAAAUAUUAAAUGCAAGGGUUUUGUAAAUGCCAAGAAUGGUAAGAUAUUGCAUUGUUGUACAGUAUUCAAACUAAUCACUAGGUAUUCAAUUCCUAAUUUUAAGCAAAUCUAUACAUAUAGCAAUUUAAGCUAUUUGGCCCGUUUCAUUACUUAGGAAUAUUCAGUGUGACUCUCAAAAGUGGUUUUUAUUUGGUAGAGAAAUUUGAAACUGGCAAUUAUUUAGAAAUAAGUUUAGUGUAAUAAAUAUAAAUUAUAUGCACAUAAUUGUCAUUCUUAUGCUUAAUGCUAUUGUAAAACAAUAUUACACACAUUCCAUAUGUACAUACACUUUGUUAACGUUUAUAUUUUUCUACAUAGACUGUUAAUGAAUAAAAAAUAUUUAAUAAUUUCGUUAAUA